CGUUUUUGUUUUUUUUGUGAUUCAGCCCAUGGAAGUCACAUAUAUUGUAUCAAUUUUCUGAAUUGGUUUUUCAACAAAGUGCAAGGUAAACAAACGUAUCUCAAGUGUAGGCGAAUUGAAUUCCAUACAAGGUGCCUCGUUCAAAAUCUCUGAGGCAAUCCCAUUCGACUUUCAACUGUGUUCCCCAGUUACUCUUGAAUGAUGUCAGUGAUCAAGUUGUUCUUUGUAGUACUUCUAGUUGGUGCAGCUACUGCCCUAGAGUGCUAUCAGUGUAGUAGCAGUGAAAUUGGCGAUGCCUGCAUUCAAUCCAAUGUGACCAAAUUCAAAGUGACACAGUGCAAAUCCCACGAAUAUGCUUGCUACAUAACCCUCAUCCGUAACUCAGGGAAAAACACCACGGGAAUUGCUGAAAGAGGAUGUGCUCUCAACUAUAACUACUGCGAAAAAUUAAUACAUGAAAGGGAUACGCGCUUGGCUUUGAGCUGUUACGUCUGCACUACAUCAAGAUGCAAUUUCGUUGAUGCUCUUACGAUGAACAAUUCGUCAACCAAAAUUACCACAAGCUUUUUCCUUAUAUUACUACCCCUUCUUGUGAUAACAAGAAAAAUCUUCAUUAGCGGAUAACCACAAAUUUUAAAAAAUAACAAAAAGUGCAGUUUUAAAUUUUACAUUUCUAUGUCGUUAGAUUAUUCUCUUCCAUAACUAAGGCAAAAAUGUGGCAAUUUUUAAAUUUGUUAAUUUUUUAAACUACCAGAGUGAAUUAAUAAACAUCUCGCAAAAA